UUUUUUUUUUUCUUCUUCUUCUGCAUUUCAUGUAAUUUUUCUUCUGUUAUUCAAGAUGUCACAAACAGAAAAUGCAUUUAAAAAUUCACUUCGCAACUUUAAACUAUCACGAUCAACAAAUUCACCUAUAUCUUUACCUUUAAACUCAAGCUCAUCGAAUUCUGGCUCGUUUUUUCAAUCAAUUCGUGAUUCAGCAUCAAAUACUUUCUCAAAUGUAUCAAACACAAUUCAAGGUUAUAAUCCUCUUCGUAAUUCAGAUGUAGAAGAAGAAGAUCCUUGGUAUCAACUUUCCCGUGUAGAGAGAGUGAUUGCUUUUGCUUUAUGUCUUGCAUUAGGCGUUGGCUGCUUUACUUUGUCAUUUUUCUUUUUACCUUUAUUCCCUGGAAAAUUUGCUGCCACAUUUACAUUGGGUAGUCUUUUAGUCCUAGUUAGCGUAGCAUUAUUACGUGGGCCUUGGUCACAUAUUAAACACAUGUUUUCGAAAGAAAGAUUACCAUUUACAUUAUCUUAUGUGGGUUCAAUGGUUUUAACAUUAUAUGCUGCCAUAGGCAUUCGUGCUAUGAUCCUAACAGUUAUUUUUGCUAUCAUACAAAUUAUUGCAUUAGUUUGGUAUGUUGGAUCUUACAUCCCUGGAGGUGUUUCAACAUUAAGAUAUGGUACAUCUUUUAUUGGAAGAAGAGCAGCUUCCAUUUUACCACUUUAAAAGAUGUUAUAUAUAUAUAUAUAAAAGAAGCAGAAAGUAAGAAAGUGAUAUAUAUGUAUACGUAUAUAUCAUUCUCUUUAUCAUACUAAAUAUGUUUUAUACACACCCUUUACCAGAUUAUGCAUACUAUUUUAUUAUAUCUAAUAAUAAUAUAAUUAUAUCUGUUCAUAUUAUACACAUAUAUUAUAACAUGUACGCAUAUUUAUUGUAUAUACAAUAUUGUAAUUUCUUUUUUGUUUUUUAAUGAUAUAUUUGGUAAGCAUGUAUGUCUACAGCUGUCAUCAUGUUUAAAAUAAAUAAAUAAAAAUACACCAUCCUACCC